AUGGUUUCCUUCAAGAGUAGCCAUGCUUUGCAUGUUCUAGGCUGUAUACUAGCAAUUGUGACUCCAGCCAUUGCCAAUGCUGAUAAGACAAUAUUUACGGCACCCGCGUUGAUCCCGAUUCCACAGCAGAAACCAUCCCUAGCGGAUCUCAGGCUGCCCGCUCUUACACCAGACGCUUCGGAGAUCAGGACAAAUCUUAGUCGCGUGUUUCCCUCUGAGCCUAAAGACUACGCUUCUGGUGCUGCAACAUGGGUGCUUCUUGAUAGCCUGAACCCUGGCCAGCGAUAUGAGUUUCGAGUCUGUUGGGCUGCCAUUCAACCUACGGGUUUCGAAAUGGACGUGUAUGAGUUAGACACCGUUUGGCAGACUCCAGAGUUGAUUCAAUCACUCGCAGGCUACGCCUUUUCACGCCAGGAUCAAGAGACGGAACUGCAUGAGGAGCCUCCCCUUGUCGGGGAGAGGGAGCGCGAGGCUUCCCUUCUUCUACUGCAUAUCAAGGCUUCUGCUGACUACUUCACCGACGACGCGGCUCUUAUGAAGGAUCCUCCACCCGUGCUCGUGGAUCUCAUCCUCGAUCCCUAUUUAUAUAAUGUCGUCCCACGUUCUUUGGUGCCAACGGCUGGCUACAUCGUUCUCAUCAGCGUAGUAGCUUGGUUCGUGGCCAGAUCCAUCGCUGCCAAGCUACAAACAAUUGCUAUCACAGAUAACACGGACAAGAAGAAGAACUGA